GGAAGCCAAUGAGGAAUCCGGUGACGGAGAAACGACGGUAAUUUGUUUAAGGAUGUAGGCACCGGUCUGAAGGAACAUGGGGUUUUUUCAGAGGUGGCGGCGGCUCCAGCUCCCAGGCUUGCAAACAUGCGUGCUGCACACGGCAGCGGUGCCGACCCCUCCACACUGGUUGGCAGAGCGGCUUGGCCUUUUUGAGGAGCUAUGGACUGCUCAGGUAAAGAGGUUAGCAAGCAUGGCACAGAAGGAGCACCGGACUAUUAAGAUAUCACUCCCUGGAGGCCAAAAAGUGGAUGCUGUGGCAUGGAACACAACGCCUUACCAACUAGCCCAGCAGAUCAGUUCAACACUGGCAGAUACUGCAGUUGCUGCUCAAGUGAAUGGAGAACUUUAUGACCUGGAGCGGCCCUUGGAGACAGAUUCUGACCUCAGGUUUCUAACAUUCAGUUCUGCAGAGGGCAAGGCAGUGUUCUGGCACUCCAGCACCCAUGUCCUGGGGGCAGCAGCUGAACAACUCCUUGGUGCUGUCCUCUGCCGAGGUCCAAGUACAGAAUAUGGCUUCUACCAUGAUUUCUUCCUGGGAAAGGAGCGGACAGUCCGGGGCUCAGAGCUGCCUGCUUUGGAGCGGAUUUGCCAGGAACUCACAGCUGCUGCUCAACCUUUCCGGAGGCUAGAGGUGUCUCAGGAUCAGCUUCGCCAACUGUUCAAGGAUAACCCCUUUAAGCUUCGCCUGAUUGAGGAGAAAGUGACAGGUCCAAUGGCAACAGUAUACGGGUGUGGCAUGCUGGUUGAUCUUUGCCGGGGCCCCCACCUUCGGCAUACUGGACAGAUUGGAGGACUGAAGCUGCUAACGAACUCCUCAUCCCUGUGGAGGUCUUCGGGUGCCCCAGAGACACUGCAGCGGGUGUCAGGGAUCUCCUUCCCCACAGCAAAGGAGCUGAGGGCCUGGGAAGAAUGGAAGGAAGAAGCAGAGUUACGGGACCACCGGCGCAUUGGGAAGGCACAGGAGCUCUUCUUCUUCCAUGAACUGAGCCCUGGGAGCUGCUUCUUCCUGCCUCGAGGGACAAGGGUGUAUAACGCACUGGUGGCUUUUAUCAAGGCCGAGUACACCCGCCGUGGCUUCUCAGAAGUGAAAACUCCCAUGCUGUUCUCUACAAAACUCUGGGAGCUUUCAGGACACUGGGAACAUUACCAGGAAGACAUGUUUGCCCUGCAGCCCCCAGGCUCUGACAGGCUCUCAAGCUCCCUGAGUGACCACUCUGCCAGCCGUCCCACAGACACACUUGCCCUCAAGCCCAUGAACUGCCCUGCACACUGCCUGAUGUUCGCUCAUCGGCCCAGAUCCUGGCGAGAACUGCCCCUGCGACUGGCCGACUUCGGGGCCCUACACCGGGCCGAGGCCUCUGGCAGUCUGGGGGGACUGACCCGGCUGCGGUGCUUCCAGCAGGACGAUGCUCACAUCUUCUGUGCACCAGAUCAGCUUGAAUCAGAGAUCCGAGGCUGUCUUGAUUUCCUCCGUUCUGUCUAUGCUGUCCUUGGCUUCUCUUUCCGCCUGGCACUAUCCACCCGGCCGUCUGGCUUCCUGGGAGAGCCUUGCCUUUGGGACCAGGCUGAGCAGGUCCUUCAGAGGGCCUUGGAAGAAUUUGGAGAACCCUGGGACCUCAACCCUGGAGAUGGGGCAUUCUAUGGGCCUAAGAUUGAUGUGCGCCUCCAUGAUGCCCUGGGUCGGCCCCAUCAGUGCGGGACAAUCCAGCUUGACUUCCAGCUGCCCCUGAGAUUUGACCUCCAGUACAAGGGGUACAGAGCCUUGCCCGGUCCCCUUUUCCCUUGGCUACCAGCAGAAGAGGCGGGAGUCCUAGAGCGUCCAGUCCUCAUUCACCGAGCAGUGCUAGGUUCUGUGGAAAGGAUGUUAGGAGUGCUGGCGGAAAGCUGUGGAGGAAAAUGGCCAUUGUGGCUGUCCCCAUUCCAGGUGCUGGUCAUCCCUGUGGGAACCGAGCAAGAGGAAUAUGCCAGGGAGGUACAGCAGAGGCUGCAGGCUGCAGGUCUGGUCUGUGACCUGGACGCUGACUCAGGACUGACCCUCAGCCGGAGAGUCCGCCGGGCUCAGCUUGCCCACUACAAUUUUCAGUUCGUGGUUGGCCAGAAAGAGCAGAGUGAGAGAGCAGUGAACAUUCGGACUCGAGAUAACCGCCGACUCGGGGAGCGGGACUUGACUGAGGCUGUGCAGCGGCUGCUGGAGCUCCAGAACACCAGGGUCGCAGAUGCUGAGGCAGUGUUCUGAGCUUUUGUGUACAGAUGUGGCAGGAGCUGCUGGCUUCCCUUCAGGUGGGAGACCUUGACCUAACUGCCAGAGUCUGGAGGCCCCCAGACUGAUCAGAAUUCAUGUGGAGGCACAAGUUUGCUCUCCUGGAAAGAUAUUUGAUCUGGGGGAAGCUGCAGCUGUUUGGAUGUGAGGAGCAUGAAAGUAUAAAGAAUAAACUUGAAGCUCUUGGGUAUGUGUCUUCAUCUUCAUCUCUGACUCCUGAGCGGGGAAUAAAAGGGAAUUGGACUCUG